AUGAUCCACCCGAAUUUGUGGAUUCCUGUACUUCCCGUGGUUAUUCCUCAAAUCAUCAUUACCGUGCUUGUGUUCACCUUUGUUCACAUUUGGUUUUAUCCGCCACAAGCGUUUGUGGCAACAUUCUUUAACGGACCAACCGGUCUCAUCACUUCAUGGUUUGCCAUCUUACAGCAAUCUGGCAUCAUUUCCAGGAUGAUCAUUGAAAAAACUAUAUUGCCUGGGCCGUUGAAAAAAAUCUUUGAUUCAGUAUUACGUCAAAAUGCUCCUCAAAGGUUCAUCUCCAAAGUGGUGGCCAAAGAAAUCGAAGAGAAGAAAGAGAAAGAAAAAUUGGCGACCAGACCAGUUGGAGAAGUAUUAAAGAGUCAGCUAAUGGUUUUCUCUGAUGAAGUCAUAUAUUACAUUAGCAACCCUUAUUAUUGGAUCAAAUUUUUCCUUAUUAUAUUCUUCAACUUGUUCCCAUUCUUUGGGCCAUACAUUUUGAUUUUUCUUAGAAGUCCUGGUAAAGCCAGAAAUUUACACGAAAGAUAUUACGCUAUCCAGGAAUUCAAUAAGGAAGAUAUCAAAACUUUUUUUAACGCUAAUAGAGCAUUCUACACAAGUUUUGGGGUAGUUGCUUUAAACUUAGAGCUUAUUCCUGUUGUUGGAAUGUUUUUCACUUACACCAAUAUCGUCGGUGCUUCAUUAUGGGCUGCCCAAUUGGAAAAAGAUAGGGAAACAAAAAUUAAGUUGAACCAAUUGAAAUAA